AUGAAGUUUUUCAUUUUUACCUGCCUUUUGGCUGUUGCUCUUGCAAAGCAUGAGAUGGAUCAGGGCUCCUCCAGUGAGGAAUCUAUCAACGUCUCUCAGCAAAAAUUAAAGCAGGUAAAGAAGGUGGCCAUUCAUCCCAGCAAGGAGGACAUCUGCUCCACGUUUUGUGAGGAAGCUGUAAGGAACAUAAAGGAAGUGGAAUCAGUUGAAGUCCCCACAGAGAACAAAAUCAGUCAAUUUUAUCAGAAGUGGAAAUUCCUCCAGUAUCUCCAGGCUCUUCAUCAAGGUCAGAUUGUUAUGAAUCCAUGGGAUCAGGGCAAGACAAUGGUCUACCCCUUUAUUCCCACUGUGAACACAGAGCAGCUCUCCAUCAGUGAGGAAUCAACUGAAGUUCCCACAGAGGAAUCAACAGAGGUAUUCACUAAGAAAACUGAAUUGACUGAAGAAGAAAAGGAUCACCAAAAAUUUCUGAACAAAAUCUACCAAUAUUAUCAGACAUUCCUCUGGCCAGAGUAUCUCAAGACUGUUUAUCAAUAUCAGAAAACUAUGACUCCAUGGAAUCACAUCAAGGUAAAAGCUUACCAAAUUAUUCCCAAUUUGGUGAGUUCUACCUUUUAUUUAUAGUUUUAAAAAAAGUUAUCUUUUGUAGUAAAAAUAAGCUAAGGACAUGAAAUAGAGACAUAAAAUUCCAACAAGUUCUCAAGCAGAAGCUGAAACAAAAUUAAAUUUAAAAAUUCUAGGCUGGAAAUAAAAUUAUAAAUCAUAUGGUACAAAUAUAGCUACAAUAAGCGAAAAUAAUUAUAAUGAUAAAUUGCAUUUACAUUGGAUUUAAAUUUACUGAGUGUGU